GAGAGAAAAAAAACGUUGGGACAACAGAAGAUUUUGCUCUCGGAAAUGGAACUGUUGCGUAAGAGCAGAAUGACAGAGAACAAUCAUCAGGGCACUGAGAGCAGCACAAGAGGGAGAGCCGACAGAAACCAUCACUUUAAAGAUCAUGGAAUCCAUAACAUAUGACCGGUUUAGCGCAUCUGAGACAGAAAUUAAUCAUAUUGGUCCAAAAAUAUUUCAUGCACCAGGUAGACAGAACAGAAAGAUGUACAUAAUGUAUGGCGUUCUCGUCCUGUAUUUGUUUAUACUGACGCUGGCUGUUGGAAUUAAAAUCUCUCAGGUCAGCCAAGAGAUAGAUGAUGUUACGCUUUCUCUGAAAACCAUUGGGGCUUCCAUUGAAGGGGCCCCUAAUCUUCUGCAAUUUGAAAAUGCUCAUUUUUCUGAGCGUACAAUGCCUGUGCAAGGGCUGUGUGAAAAUGACUGGGUGUUCUAUAAAGGCUCGUGCUACUUUGAGUCCACCAGGGCAAAGAACUGGCAAAACGCUGAGGACAACUGUGUCCAGAAAAAAACACACUUAGUUGUUGUUAAUGACUCGGAUGAGCUUGAAUUCCUGUCUUCAAUCUUGAAGACGUCUGACAGCUACUGGAUAGGACUUACUGAGAAAGAAGAGGGAAAGUGGUCCUGGGUAGAUGGAACAGACUUUAACACUACUGAACACUUCUGGGACAUUGGUCAACCAGAUGACUGGGAUGUCCGUGUGAAUGGUGAGGAUUGUGGGCAGCUUCACGGACGGAAGCGCAUAAACAAAUGGAGAAUGUGGAAUGAUGCAGACUGCACACUCUUUCACCAUUUCAUCUGUGAGGGCAAACCCAAGAGCCAUUGACAAAAAAAAAAUGAACCUUUAAUACAACUGAAGUUUUAUCAUUUCUACCAUGAAUUUAAGAAACUACUUUCCAUGCAGGCUGUCUGAAAUAUGUAUUGUUUGUUUAAUGAGAGCUGAUAUUUAGAGUCAAUAAUGGUAAAUGUAAAAGGACGUAACCUGCUUAAAGACCCCAUAAAAUCAUAAUAAGA